AGGAAUAACCGAAGAGUAAAGGGAUGAGAUAUAUAUUUUAGUUAUAUAUUUUCCGAGUAGGUGCAAUUCCACAAAAAGACUGAAAUUAAUGGCCAUGAGCUCCUAUUUGAUCAACUCCAACUAUGUGGACCCGAAGUUCCCACCAUGCGAGGAAUACUCACAGAGCGACUAUCUGCCCAGCCACUCUCCGGACUAUUACAGCUCCCAGAGGCAGGAGCCUGCUGCCUUUCAACCGGACUCUCUCUACCACCAACACCAUCAGCACCACCAGCAGCAGCGAGCCGAGCCGCCGUACACGCCGUGCCAGCGCGCAGGGCAGCCCGCUUCGGUGGUGAUGUCCCCUCGGGGUCACGUCAUCCCCCCGGCCGGGCUGCAGACCACUCCGGUCCCGGAGCAGAGCCACCGAUGCGACUCGGUGACACCCAGCCCGCCUCCGUCUUGCGGACAAACGCCCCACAGCCAAAGCACUUCAUCCCCCGGCAGUACUCGUAAGGACCCCGUAGUCUACCCUUGGAUGAAGAAAGUCCAUGUAAACAUCGUGAGUUCAAACUACACAGGGGGUGAGCCGAAGCGCUCGCGGACGGCCUACACGCGCCAGCAGGUCCUGGAGCUAGAGAAAGAGUUCCACUACAACCGGUACCUGACGCGCAGGCGCAGGGUGGAGAUCGCGCACACGCUGUGUCUGUCAGAGCGGCAGAUCAAGAUCUGGUUCCAGAACCGGAGGAUGAAAUGGAAGAAGGACCACAAGCUGCCAAACACCAAGGUCCGCUCCGGGGCCAGCAACAAUAACACAAACUCCCCGGCUCUAACCGGGUCCCAGAACCGCACCGGGUCCCUAUAGCCCGGUUCUCUGGCUCUUUGUCUGAUGUUGCCCUCCCUUUCCCUGAUUCCCAAACUGAACUCCGAAGCAGCAGCCACGCUUCUUACCACCGAAGCCUGCACUUUGGACCGGAAUAAUGCCUUUGCUCUGGAGGGAGUGAUGGAGGGAUGUCAUUGCUGCCUGAUCGGCCCUGAUGGGUGCUGAUGUUUCACACUAUAAAAUGACGCUAUGAUGUGGGAGGGGGUGUGGGGGAAUUUCCCAUUCUUAAAAAAUGAAAUGAACAAAAGAAGAAGAAGAAGACUGAAAGAACUGAGAAUAUGAUGCGGCCGCUUCUUUGCUUCUAUCCCCCAGCUCUCUCUCUGCUUUUUAUAUUUCUGUCUUUUUAUACUCCUCUCUCUCUCCCUCUCUAUGACAGAGCAUAAGAUGGUGGGCCGAGGAUAACGUGCCCGCAUGCGUGUGGUUUCUGUCCUUCUUUUUUCUAUCCGAGACGUUUUUGGUGAAGAUGGAUCCUCGUUUUCAUCUUUAAUCAUGCCAAGCUCGGGCCCCAUUUGUCAUGUUUACUCUGCGGGUACAAAGCAAAGGGGUGCACCGCGGCUCUGCCCAUUACCCCUCGCCCCUACCCCCCGCACCCCUUUCCCAAAUCACUAUCCCUCAACCCCCCCACCCCACCCCACUCACACGCGCACGUGUAAUUAAUGGAACUCUCGUUUCGUCAAGAGAAGUAUUCUUACACACAUACAAAACCCGUGCAUGCCCACAUCCCUCUGUCCGCCCUUAUAGUAGCUAUUCUGACAUCGACUAUAACCUUCGGUAUGAUCCAAAAUGACACCAGGCAGUUUUCUGUCUUGCUGUUAUCAUUAUAACUGUUGGUAUUUCUGUUUUGUUUAAUGACAAAAUAUAGCUUUUCAAAUUUUAAUUAUAGUUCUUUUUGAAUUCAGUGUUGAUUGUAAAAUUAUACUUUAUGAUGUUAUUGCUGAGAAUGACAUGGAGCGUUUGUGUGGUCCGUGGAUUGUUCAUUGUGUGAUGUUGUAUACAGGGAAACAGAGUGACAGGGUGAGUCAAGUGAAAUAAAGUUAAAUUAAGGCAUUUUCCACUACGUGCCAAACAGGGUUUAUAAAGCUGCCUAAACAAAGGACACUAUCCAAACCAAAAUCCUGGUACAAAUAGCUCAAGACUACAUUAUGAACGCAGCACUAUACAAUGUAGGCUACUACCUAUUACCUCAGUUGUACUUAUAUAUUAUUUUAUUUUUGGUCAUUUUAUUUUCUCUUGCUCGUUUAAUGAAGUGACAGCUUUUCCAGCUUUUAUAUUUUUGAAAAUGUGUGACGAGUUAUUAUAAUAAUUAUUGUUACUUGCAAUACAAAAAAAGCGCUAUUAAUUUCUUGUAUGUGGACAUUUUUAAAAUGUAAUUUAAUUAUAAACAGUUGUUCUGGCCAGGGACACUCGGAAAAAUAAGGAGCUUUUUAUCGCAUGUCUGAAUGAUGUUGAUUUAUUUUUCUAUCCUUUCCUUUUGUCUCUCCUUUCUCUGCACAUUAAAUGCGCACACACUUCCUUUUUCGUAUCUGCUUCUCCUCCUCUCUCUGCUAUGUCUCCUUGUGCCACUUUUUUAGGUAUUUUAUUCUGCUAGUAUUUUUAUUUUAAUUGAUGUUAUUUUAUUUACAUUCCAAAGAUCCGUUUCUAUCGUUAUUGGUGAUGAUAAUGAUGAUGGUAUUGUUGAACAUGUGUUACCUCCUCCGGUAUGUAAUUUGCUCCUCUCUCUGCUUAUACCUCCUCAGUGUCUACCUUCCUAUUAUUUGUAAAUAGUUCAUAGAAAUUUAAAUAAAUGGCUAAAAAAGUG